AUGACUGUAUGCAUUGUUGCCACCUCUUCCUCAGCUCCCUGCACAACGAUGGUAAUCGACGCCAGCAGCGCUGCACGGCUCACAGUUCCCUUACCUCCUCCUCCUCCUCUCCUCGUGCUGCUGACCCCAGAAAGAGUCGUGAAGCUGAAGUGCACCAUUUGCGGCGAGGUGCUGGGUGCCAAAAAUCCGUCUGCAACAGCUCCCAACCAUCUUAAGAAGCACAACAAGGCAGCAGACAAGGUGCAGGAGGGCAGUGAGGCGGAGGGCGCCACACCUGCAGUGCCGUCCGGCGCGAAAAGGUCUCGCUCAUAUGACGGCACGCCCACUCGAUCCAUGCGGCUUUUCAUGCCAUCUGCCAACCAGAUAUACGUCUUCCUGAAGAAUCUGGCCUUGUCCUUCUACACCACCAACAUCGCCCUUCACCUUAUCGAGAACCCCUACCUUGUUCAGGCCUGCACUGCCCUGGGGGUCACACUGCCCAGCCGCUGGAAACUAGUAACCACUAUGCUUGACGAGGCGCACGCGGAAACAGUCUCUGAGGUUGAGAAAGAGUGUGCGGCUGGGGAGGGGCUUGCGUGUAUUGCCAGUGACGGUUGGCGGAGCCGCGUUGCGUUGGGUGGUACCCCACUUAUCAACAUCAUGUCACUGUAUAUCGAGCGCGCGAUCUUCCGCAAGGCCGUCACCGCCGCCGGUGUCGGACUCAUCGUCGCCACCAGCAGCCGCUGCAAGCCCUUCCGGUUCCGGAGCCGCCCUCGCUGUAGACCAUCCACAUCCGAGCAACUGUCAUUUACACCUCCACCUCCACCUUCCCCAACCUCCGGGUCUGAGCCCUUAAGGACCGGAGGUGGUGGCAGUAGCCGCAGUAGCUCGGGAUCCAGGAGCUGGGCCCCCGGGUGCCGCAAGGCGUCGCUGACACAGGCGGCCAAAGUGGUCAUCAGCUCUAUCUUACCGACCGGUGCUACAGCCCCGGCCUCCCAGCAGGGCUUCCGGUGCAGCGGAUUUCAUGGUGGGUAUGGUUUCGGCGGCUGCUGCAGCCAGGGCCGCUGUGGUGCCAAUGGCGUGGCAGAGGGCCAUGGUGGUGUGGCUGCCACCGUGGCUGCCACCGCCGCUGCUACUGCCGGCCCCCAGCAGGGGCCCUUCCGGCUCGGCGGCGGCGGCGCGGAUUUGUACGACGAGGGUGCUGCAGCCGCGCAGCCAGACACGACACGGGCUGCGAGCGGCGGAGCAACCCCGCCAGAUUCUCUGGGCGACCGGGGCCAGUCGCCUACGCCUUCCGGUGACGCUGAUGAUAGCCAUGGCACCUCAUCGUGGUCUGGCUUGUCUGGUGCCAUAGCUAGGUCCAGCUGUGAGGCCCAGUCCUCUCACGCUCACGACAGCGGAAGCGGCGGCGGCUGCGGAGCCAGCUGGACUAGCAACCCUUCAGUUGCUGUCAUGGUCGAGGCUAUGGAGGCUGCCGCUGGUGGCGGCCACCUCACUUCCACCUCCGCGCAGGAGCAGCAACAGCAGCGCAAGCUGGGUCAGGAGCGGGAGCCAUCUAAGACUGACGCCGCUGGUGGCACUCCUGCAGUCCUAGCACUGUGUCCGGCACCCAACGGUGAAGUGCCCGAAAUCACGUUGGCAGCCCUGGAGGACCUCAAGGGGGUAACGGCGCAUGACUUCCGGCUGCUGUGGAAGCACAUUUGCCUUCAGCUCGGGGUCCUUGUUGCUGGAGCGGAGGUGCACGGACCGGGCAGCUCGCCGUACAUACGACUGGAGCGGUUUCUGGAGCGUGCUCUGUCGUACAUGGACAAGAUUACACUGCUCUCGCCUGCGUGCUUUGUGCAUAGCAUGUACACCAAUGUAGAGACUGGGCAGCCCGAACGACCGUCGGACAGCUUUUGGAUUACAUGCGCGCGUUCGUUGCAGCUAUCUCCGCAGCAGCUGUCAGAAGUCAAUUCGCUGGCGGCCGUGUACGAACAGAACGUGAUCCCCGUGGUGCAGCAACGGCUGCAGCUGGCCAUGCAGCUGACGAGUCGCCUGGGUGCAGCCACUGGCCCGCAGCGGCCCGGCAGCAGAAACGGCGCGUUAACGGCGGUUUCCACAAUUGACGAACUGGCAGAGCAGCUAGAACGGAAUGUGCUGAAGGAGCAUCAGACACACUGGAAUAUUGGCGACUUCCUAUGCUCCAGUGUGUUGACACCGCUCCAAGUGGCCAAGGCGCUCACCGUUGCCUACCCGUACAUCCCGGAUGGUGUGGCCAUGCUGCACGCGUUCAAGCUUAUCAAUGCUCCAGACGACAGGAUGCCGACAGCACCUACAGGAGUGGCAGCCAACCCCUCUGGCCUCGCGGGCACACAACAGCCGCCGAGCAGCCAGUCGUUUCCCAGCCUGGCCGGUUUGCUAGCGAGCCAGCUGCCGGCGCUUUUGAUGGGGGUGGCGGCGGGCGGAUCACAGGUGCAAGCACGGGUACCGGCGGGACUACCUCUGCAGUCCGGCGGCGGGGCUGGUGCGGUCCUGGCGAAACUUGGGACUAGUUUACCGCCGGUGCAGAUGCAGCAGAUGCUGGUGGCGCUUUUACAACAACAGCAGCAGCUGCAACCGGCACAGCUGCUGCCGAGGACGGCAGGCAGCGCAAAUCCGCAGCCACAGGUGCAAUUGCUCAAGGCCCUGGCGGCCGGUCUUCAGCAGCAAGGAGCGACGCAGCUGCAGCCGUUGAUAGCGGGACUACAGGCGGCGGCAGCAGCAUUGUCGGCAGGGACACAAACCCAGCCUGCGCCCGGCGGUGGUCUGCCAGCCACGGGUCAGCUCCAAGGUUUUGCAUCGUUACUUGACACCUUGGCAUCUACCCAGCAAACUGCAGGCAGCAUGCAGUCUGGAGCGGUGGCCAGUCAGUGCCGUUGA